UUUUCUCUAGAUUUUAAAGUAGUUUCUUAUAUUAAUAAAUUGUGCUUUAAUAGCACUCUAGACACACAUUUGCAAAAUGAAAAGUACAUAAAUGGAAAGUUAAGCGAUCGCUGUUCAUUCCUGAAGACGCUCAAAAUACAAUCGUGAAUCAAAGAAAUUUUCAUUGAAUGUUCGGUGAUGAUAUUAAGAUGAAAAAUAUCUUCUAGCGUUUUCUGAAUCUGAUCGUGAUGCGUUACUUCCACUCGCGCAAUUAAAGUAAAAAAUGAAUGAAGAUGAAGCUUCGUCUCGCGCGGAAUCGCAUAGCGCGUGCACGCAUGCAUAAUACGACACGCGUUCAAGAUGUCUUCGCGCUUCCCUAUAUUUAUAGCUAGAGACAAAUAUACACCUUGGCGUAGGUCCAAUCGCCUGUAUACUCGCACACAGUCUACGGGAAAAACGGACAAACCCCGUAAUAGCGGAGCUGUGUCAGUGCUAUUAGUGACGUCGCGCGCAGUGUAAGAAUCUCGGACGCGGACGCAAACGCGUGCAAAAAGAAGAAAUAGAAGAAAUGAGCGAGACCCGCGGAUAGAGGCAAACCGUCUUUCGAGGAAAGACGAGAUUGCGGGAAAUUAUCUUUCUUUACGAUGCGAGUGCUGUCUGAUUACGCGAAUACGAUGCGAUUACCGUAUCUAUUCAUGACGGAAGAAACGACGAGCACCGCGACAACGAACACCCGUUUCUGACCGAUCGACCGACCGACCGACAAUAGCCUAGGAUAAAUUUAAUUCACGUCGGCCCGCUGCAUUUGGAUUAAUAUCGGUGUCAAUCGAAAUGCACUCCAUGUAUUCGUCUAAGAAAGGCGAUCCUCUUUGCCCUUUGGGUUUCCACCCGCAGGUUCGAUGGCCAACGCGUUGCAAACGGUGUUUCAGGGACUAUAAAGAGCAUGGCGGCAGGAGAAAUAGUCUCGGAGACAUCACGUCUUCGUCUCCCAGUCUUUCUUCGGAUUCGACACGCGGAUCCGAGAGCAAAAGGAUAUGGUCUUCCGCUACCAAUUUGGCAAAAGACGAAAUCAAGAAUAAUCAUUCGCAACCAGCGGUAACAACUGGAUGGACAUCUCUAAUGGAUCUUUCCGCCAUAGAUAAGAAUCCAGAAGACGCUCCUAAAUUAGAAAACGUUCAAAGACCGGCGAAGCUUCAAAUAAAGAAUGUGAUAAGCAACACCAACGGCGGUACUUCGGAAAACGACGUCGAAUUUAUUAUUGAGGAUGAGAUAGAAAAAUUGAGGUCUCAAUUGAAUGAUAUGAGAACGAGAUGCGAGAGAGCGGAGAAAGAAAAAAGCGAAAUAUUAUUGCGUCGAUUGUCGACCAUGGAGACAAUGUCGAAUAAAACAUCGUCAAGCGAAGUAACGAAGCUACAAAAGAAAAAUGAAGCACUUGCGCAAGAGAAAAACGUAUUGCUAGCAAAGAUAAAAAGCUUGGAAAAAGAAGCAACUAGUAAACCAUACAGAGGUGAAAGGGAUAAAACGCACGACGAAUUACGUUCAAAACUGAAAGCCGCGGAAAGCCUUUGUGAAAGUUUAAUGGAUGAAAACGAAGACAUGAAAAAAGAAAUCAGACAAUUAGAAGAAGAGAUCUACGAGUUGCAGGAUAAUUUUAGGGACGAACAAGCAGAUGAGUAUACUCGUUUAAGAAAAAGUUUGGAACAAUCAAACAAAAAUUGUCGAAUAUUAUCGUUUAAAUUGCGAAAAGUAGAACGCAAAACUGAAGAAUUAGAAAACGAACGAUCCUCUUUAGAGAAAAAGUAUGAAGAGGUAAAGAAAACAGAAGAAAUUCUGCAAAAAAUAAGUAGCGCAUUUCAAGACAGAACGCAAAAAAAACCAACAGAAUCUACAACAAAAUUACAACUUAAAAAGAUGGUUGACGAAAUGGAGAAGGAAAUAGAGGACAUGAUGGGGAUCUUUAUCAAUAUUAAAAAUGGACACAAUGUAGAUAUACCAGAUGUAAAACUAAAAGAUAAUAAUAACUUAAAGUACGAUAAACUUUUAAAAGAAAAUGAACAGCUUAAAGAGAAAUUCGAAUCUGUUACGAAAGAACUGGCUAGUGAAAAAGAAAAGAAAAAAUCUCAACCACAUGUAAAAACAGAAGAUACCAAAAAUGUAGAGUUACAAAAUGUGAAGAAAAAAUUGGACGAAGUAGUUAUUUUACGAGAAGCUGAAAGAAAAGCUUGGGAUAAAGAGAAAUUGGCGCUUUCAGAGGAAAAGGAGAAAUUGAAAUCUAAACUUUUGUCGCUAUCAGCCGAAAAAUUAAAAAUUUAUAACGAGGUUGUACAACUAAAAAAAGAUCUCGAAACAGUUAAAUCAUCGGAAAAAGAUGUAGCCACGAUGGAAGUAACAAUAAAUGAAAUAAAAGAAAAACUCUCGCAAGAACAAGAAAAGUGUAAAAAACUGCAGGAUGAUUUGUCAUCGUAUACCGAAAGGGAAUCAAAAAUGUCACAAUCGAUAACAUCUGUUGAACAGACAAAAAUCAAACUUGAUGCUGAGAUAAAACGUUUAAAGAAAGAAUUAGAAAAUACAAAGUCUACCACAUCAACGAAGAUUACGGAUCUAACCGCAGAGCUUGCAGAACUUAAGCAGGAGAAAGAAAAAUUAACAUUACAACUUAAUAACGAGAAAGAAACAAAGGAAACCGAAAUAGCGACACUAAAGAAAAAAAUGACUUCCUUAGAAAAAGCUGGUCAAAACACAAAACGCAUGAAUGAGAUAAAAGAGACUUACAAUGAAAAAAUAUUAAAUCUUGAGAAUGAGAUUAAGAAACAUCAGCAUGAAUAUGAGACUCUUACCAAAAAACAUCAAGAACUUACAAACUCAAAGCUACAACUUGAAAAGGAGAAUGAAUCUCUGAAUAGCAAAUGCUCGGAAUAUAAGAAAGACUUGAAAAAUAUAAAAGAUGAACUUGAAAAAUUAAGUAACUUGAUGAGAACGAAAGAGAGCGAAUGGCGAUUGGAAAAAUCUGUUCUUGAGGGCCAAAUUCGUGACAAUCAAUUGCCAAACAAAGUUAUCGUAGAAGAAUUAAAUAACGAAAUUAAUACACUGAAGAAAGAAAAUGCUACUUUAUUGGAACGAUUGGAAGAUGUGAGAAAAGUGAAUGAUGAUUUGUCUAUGAAACUAAAAGAUUAUCAAGCAGUUUCUAAGAUUCAUCAAGCGUUAACACCUGAUACUACGGCAUUGGAAUCGGAAAUUGGGAAAUUAAAGAAUGCCUUGACAAACAUGGAAAAAGCCAAGAAAGCAGAUUUAGCACAAUGUAAAAUGCGCUACGAGCACAGAAUUACGGCAAUUAAUGACGAGAUUCAGGCAAUCCAGAAUCAAUUAUCACGAUACAAGCGCGAACGUGAUACUUAUAAGCACAUGUUAGAAGGCGCGCAAAAAACUAUAGGUGAGCUAAAGUCCACAAGACACGGUAGACUUUCUAAUGCAUCUUCGGGAAAAUCGGACGAGGACGAAGAAUCAUCAAAAGCUAAUGUGUUAGUGUUAGAAAAACAAAUCAGCUGUAUGGAAGACGAACUUUCUGAGACAAGAUUGGAAGCUUCCAGACUGAAGGCUGAAUUGGUUUCGGAAAAAUCAGGUAGUCAUGUUAAAGUCUCCGAACUUCAGUCCCGAAUUAACGAGUUGGAGGAAGAGCGAUUACUCACUAGCGGACGUUCGAAAAUUCCAGGAUUGAAAGUACGUAUGGAGUUGGCUUGGCAAAAAGAGAGAGAAGAGCAUCAAAGGUUAUUGCAAGAAACGGCAACGUUAGCGCGAGAUUUGCGACAGACAUUAUUCGAGAUAGAAAGAGAACGCAGCAAAGAACGGCUUGAAAAUAAAAGGAAACAAGAUCAGUUAAAGAAAGUAUUUGACGAAGAGAAGGAUGAGAAUAGGAAAAAAUUAUCAGAGUUGCAAUGCGACCUACUCGAGUUGCGGGACGCGCAUGCAAAGUUAAGAACGAGCAACGAAAAGAUGAGACGUGAAAAAGAGCGACACGAGAAGGAAAGACAGGAACUCAAAGAAAUUAUAUUAAGUAAAUGCAAAUUAGAGCAAACUGAAUUGAGAAAUAUUAACAUUCUUAUGCAACAAGUACAGGAUUUGCUACAGUUGUUCCCUGAAUUAAAUACUGUAACGGAAAACGGAACGUCUGAUGUAUAUACGCCAACACCUCCGAGACGAUUGAAGGGACCAAAAUCCAGGGAGUCAUCGCCAAUGUUGGAAACGAAGAACGAUGCAAAAGCUGUAGCUCCAGUACUCGGCGAAAGAACAGAAAAAUUAGAGUAUACUAUCAAAAAAUUAAUGGACGUAGCGAAGGAACUUAAAGAAUCAAAGAAAACGGUAGACGAAACGAAUGCAAUGCGAUUGAAGAAAUUGGGGAAGAGAGCGACAUCAGUAGAAAGUGAUCCAGGGAAAGGAGUAGUGUCGAAUCGUAAUAAACCACGUUUGAAAAAAAAGAGUCUUUCUUUGGAACAAACAUCUGAGCGUCAGCAAUCUCCAGCUAUUUGGGGAGGGGAUAGCAACUUGUCGAGCAUGCAAUCAUUGGAGGGAUCAGAAGUCGAGUCUAGUCGCGGAAAUAGUCGACAAAGAGAUUCCAGUGUAGACAGCCGCCUGUCCGGAGGAUCAACAAAAAGCGAAAUGUUAGAUCGGGACAAGAAAUAUGGCAAAGGGAUAAUACGUAAAUUAACACACAAAUUAACUAAAUCGUCCAGCGUCGAUGACCCAAAUAUGACCGACUACUCGCUUCAGACAUCUGGUUCUGAAACCAGCCUCAACGAAACCCUUAAAAUGGAAAAGAAGAAUUUAAAGAAAAAAUUAUCAGCCAUGUUCAAAAGAGGUUCAAGAAGUAGCAGUGUAGAAAAGAAGAGUGGAACUGGCAAUUCCAGCAGACCUGCUUCAAGGAACUCCAUGACAUCGGAUUAGUAAUUCAACAUGUACGAUGUUAUUUGGUAUAUUUUGACUAGACGUCGCAAUUACUUCCCAAGAGAGAAAGAAACAUUACAUUCGAUGAUGCUGUAAUAAAAAAGUGGACUGCUCAAAGUUGUAUUUAGGUAUUAUACCGAGAUGGUUUCGUUAAUAGAAAACGUAACACAUA